GCUAUCUCCCUUGGACAAUCUUUUUGUUGCAGUUAGUGAGUUUUCUAUGAUGUUGAGAACAACUCAGAGGCUACGGUACGACCUUACUCGUCAGUGGUUAAGACCAUCCCUGUUGAAGCAUCGACCUGCUACGCGAUGGGAAAUCAAGGAGUUGGCAAAUGUAUCGCAAACUUACACACCAAAAUCCACUGAAGACCUAAAGGAGUACCUUGAAAAAUGCAUGAAAGAGGAAAAAAUUCCCAUUUUUCUCAGUAAGAAAAAUGUUCACGAGACCAUUCUAAAGGAUGAGGGAUUAAAGGAUGUCAAUUUAGCUUUCAUUGAUGUACAACAUCUUAAGCACGAGGAAACCGUGGAUCAUCCUUUAUUAAGAACUGCAGCGUUGGGGGUUUCUUCAACAAUGGAAAGCGUGGGUCAACCUCUAUUAAGAACUGCAGCGUUGGAUGUUACUUCGACGGCGGACAUGGAAGAGACAAUGAAAAAACUUCAAGAGAUAGUUGGUGCCAAUCCAGUCUUUCGAAUUGAAGAAUUUAAAAAUUGGGCAGCAACACAGAGAAGUUGUGUAAUUUCUUGUAAACCUACAACGAAAGAAGAAAUGUCAAGGGUAAUCAAAGCUGCAGCCGAGCUGAAAGUGGGCAUACGAUGUGCUGGUCAGCGCCAUAGUUGGGCACCAAUCUCUCCUGAUAACGAGCAAAUUUGCAUUAAUGUUGACCAAAUGAAGAGUGAUUAUGAUGAUGGAUCUAAAAUUCGAAUUGCCAGUAGAGAAAAAAGAGAGAUUGACGUUAUGACUGGGGUCACAACUGGUGAAUUAAAGGAAUUUCAGUUGGACAAUAAGAUAAACCUCAAAACAAAUGUUAUACUCGAUGUGGUUCAUCUGGUCAGCGUCGUUGUUACGGGAUGCCACGGAGUUGGGAACGAUACACGUUGUAUAAGCGAUUACGUGGUCAAGUUGAGAGCAUUUGAUUCAAACGGUGUUCUGAGGACGUAUGAUCUGAAUAAUGAACCAAAAGAGAAGUCCCGAGCACUGUCAGCAAGCUUUGGUUGUUUUGGAAUUGUUUAUGACGUGACACUUAAAAUGGAUGAGGAAAUAAUUGUCUCGACAGAAAAUUCUUAUGGAAUCAUGAAGAAUGUCUUCAGAGCAAACGAAUUAGAAAAGAUAGUAAAGGAGAACUGGGCAGUACAAAUGUUCUGGUUUCCUUUCAAUUCUUAUAUACCUUUCAAAAAAUACCAUCCCGAAAAUGAUGAUAUUUGGGUGAGAACAUUCAACAAGACAACACGUGAGGGACAUGACCUGGAAGGUUUUUUUUAUUAUGUUUUGAAAGCUGCCCUUGAUCUUGAGACUGAAGAGGCACUCAAGAUAGUAAGCCCUUUUCUAACAAAUAAUCCAUCAUUCACUCCGCUAUUCCAGAGGUCAGCUUUCUGUGUCAUAAAAAAUGCUGCAUACAGGACUGGCCCGAUAUACCAAGAAAUUCCACAUGCAGUUCAUUUUCGAAAGUACAUAGAAAAAGCAGAAGUUUAUGACUUGGAGUUUGUAUUUGACUACAAAGGAAAUUUUGAUAAGGUAUUGGAAAUCAUCAAUGUUGUCGUCAAUUCUGUACAAAGCUACAAAAACAAGGACCAGUAUCCACUGAAUGUCUCUCUUGAGAUGCGAUUUAUGGCACACAGUGAUGCAUAUCUUGGAACUGGAGUUCUUGGAAACCCAGAGUAUGGUGGUUCUGGUCAAGUGGUUUGCAUUGAGGUACUGAGUUUAAAGGGAACACCAAACUGGGAAGAGUUCAGCCAAGAUGUCGGGAAAAAAUGGAUGGAGUUAGGAGGUGUUCCACAUUUGGCAAAGCAGUAUGACCAUAUUCCAAACAUUUGGGAACAUGUCAGAAAAGAAAUGAAACUCCCGAUUGAAUCAUUUAAAGAACAGCUGAAGAAAAGUGAAGCUGAUCCUAAUGGAAUGUUCCUGAAUUCGGGAAUGCGUAAAUUGUUUGGAAUGGUUGAAUAAAUUAAACACUCAAGAUAGCAUGAAAAACAUCAAAAAUGAAAAAUGAAAAUAAACGUAACCAUUUUUAUUAAUUUGGAAUUCCUUCGCCAUUUUUGUUUUGCCAAAAUCCGAAAAAAGGGAAAUAAAUGACACCUGAAAUGGAUGCAAAUGUAAAUACUUUUCAUAAAACAUAGUAUGUGUAUCAAUUGAGCAGUUUUUUAAAAUCUAUAUUUGCUGAUACUUUUAAAUAAUUUUGUCAUAUACCUUUAAAAACUGUCUCAUAUAUACAUGUAACUCUAUUAUCUAUUCCGGUUUAAUGCCCCCUACAAUAUCUAAUAUAAAUAUAUAUGUGUGUGCCUGUGUGUUUUUUAUGUCAAUUGCAUGUUUUUUUUUAAUUAAUACCUUUUCUCAUUCCACCCUGGACUUGCAUGUUUAUGUAAUAAACCUUUCCUUUUAUUUCUUUUGUUUCAUCUUACCUCAUAUUUGACUAAGGUUUAGUUAUAGACUGCAUUUUAUUCUUUUUAAACAGGAUUUGUCAUACUAAUUUUAGUGACAGAUUUAGUUUUCUUAAUUUAACAUUAUGAUCGAUAAAAAAAUAUUCUGCAGAACAUUUUUCGGAGGUAAACGAUUAUUAAAAUUGUGGAUUUCAAUGUAAAAAUAGAUUUAUACUUUGGAUUUUAACAUUAAAAAUUGUAGGAAAUAAGUUAGCUUAGUGUUUCGUUAAUUCAAAAUUAUGAAAUUAAAUUAUCUUAAUAUAGAAUUUAUGAAAAUUAUUUUAUUCAAGCCAGCUGUAUUCAUAUCACACAAUAUAUGAACAAUAUGUAAUUGGAUCCACUUUG